AUGGGUUGUGGAUUGAAGAAGGAAAAGAAGGAAAGCAAUACUGAGAUUGCUUCCUUGAAACCCCUGAUUAAAUUCAAGAUCAUAUUUUCGAAUAUCAAGAUCAAGAAUAUUCCUCUUAAAAAAGCUAAGAAUGUUUCUAAACUUAAAUUUCGUAUCAAUAAUCCUAACCCGCAUUGGAGAUAAACGUUUAGGUCGUUUCAUGAAAGUGAUUUGGAAACCUUGAAGUCAGAAAUCUUCAAAAUUAGUGUCUUCUGCGCUGAAAAAAAUAGAUGUUUUGCUUAUGUUGUUUAAAAUAUGUGGGAAGUUGCAAACGGUCCCAUUCAUUAUGAUUUGUUUCUCGAAUCCACUCAGGCCAACUCCUCCAGAAUCACUUUUGAUUUGAGAAUGGUGCAAAUGACAACCCUCAAAAUCCAAAGCAAACAAGUCAUGUGCGAACUCAAAGACCAAUUGAUGGAACAAGCCUACAAUUUUCAACUCAAAGUCAGAUCUCAUCAAGUGGAUUACUACAGCGACUUCUCUCCCAACUACCUCAAUCACUACCUGUACCGUUAAUCCUCAAUCAAACAAUACGGAUACAUCGACUCCAAAGAGAAGCUGAGGAGUGAAUCCGACGAGUUCCAAUUGGUCAGAGACAUCUUCGACUCCUCGUAAGAUGAAAACAUCCAGGCCGAUCUCAAGAGUUGCUACUUGAAGAAGAAUGGACUCAAGAACGAGCAAGAUUUGAUCCUCAAAAAAUCCAAAUCCAACAACCAACUCAGCACGAUGAUCCAUCUCUCGACCAAUUAAUCCCAAACCAUCAAAUCUUUGAAUUCCAGAAGACCCUACUCAACUAUGGAUUUGAUCACCAAGAAGGAUUUGCUCUGGGAAUUCAAAGUACAAGAAAACAAUCCCAUCAUAUCCUUUGAUAUUUAUGUUGAUGAAUUUUCCAGCUCCUCCUUUGAAUUCAUCCUCUGGGGAAGUUCAAAACCAAACGAAAAAUCAGAUAAUGUAAGUGUAAGGAAAAUUGGAAAUUCCAUCAUAUCCCUUAACAAAUUUUUCAGUUAAAAUGUUAACGUCUUGGCUGAAUUGGACAGAAUAUCCCUCCAAGAAGUGAGAUUCACUGAUAAAUUGUGGAUCCAUGGCUAAUGUGUUGGGAGAGUCAAAGCAGAAUUCAUCAUAACCAAGGAUACCUUCAUUAGACAGAUGUUAGGAGGAUUUCGAACAGAAGAAGGCAUUCAUAGAUCUUCCUUGCUCUACAUCAAAAAGGAUAAAUAUUCAGGACCCUAGAGUCCAAACAUCUAUCAAAUCAUACAAAUUAAUAACGAAAUAGAUGAGUUGGCUGGGAAGUUGAAUCAGAAGAGUCUUCAACACAGGGAGAGAGUCAAGAUCAAUAAGGCUAUUAAUCAGAUUAUUGAAAAGUUGAGUUCCUUAAUUAAAAACCAGGAAUUAUACGAGAAUCUUGAGGAAAUGAUAGCUGCUCAAUUGGUCUUUGUGGAUGUAACAAAGAAUCUAUUGGAAAGUGCUGAUUUAAUUGACGAAGACUUGAGAGAUCAAUAUUAUGAUGUGCUUAUCACUUUACUGAAUAGAGACGAGUUCUUCAUCAGCUACUUGGGUUUCGAUAAGGACCUAAAGGAAACUUACCUCUUGAGGAACGAUCAAAAUUACGUAUCUAAGAACAAGAAACUUAUAUAGCAACUAAAUUAGAAAAUUAGAAUAGGAUUGCAUUAUUAGAAUUUCUUACAUCAGACUUUUGAGAAGGUGGCAUAGAAACUCAAUUAAUAAGGCUAAAACGAUAAAGAAGAAUUGUUUGUGAACACAUUUUUGGUCAUUGCCUUUUUCAGGAUCCCUUAGUUCUAGAACUUAGUUAUUGACAUCUUAAAGGAGGAUCAACGUUCUUUGAACGAGGAAUUCGAGAAAGACUUUGGAAUAUAUUGUUUUGAUAACACUUUUUCAGCUGAAUGGGAUAAGAACUUUUACGAUUACCUGCAAAGUGAUCCUCGGCAUCAGGAACACAAGAAGCAGUUAUAAGGUAUACUUAAUUCUAUUGAUUGGAAGAACAUCAUACUCACAAGUAGAGUGUUUUUGAAGUGGUUUUAAUUAAUGCUGAACCAUUACAAGAAAGCAAAACAUCCCUAUGAUAUGAGUUUAACAUGGUCAGGCUUUCCUGGCUAUCUGAUUUUGAUUAAAUACUUACUGUUGGAGAUCAAAUACUCAAAUGAGUAUCCAUAUCCAGAGACUAUUAAACAUGCUUCAUUGUGUAUUUUGGAGAAUGAGAACAUGCUCAAUUAUUUGGUCAUAGUGAUAUUUCACAAAACCAAAUUGUAUGAUGGAAUAGCAGUGUUCUACACUCUGGAUAUGAUCAACGAUUGGUUCCACAUAAUCAAGAAAUAAAAUAAGAAGAUUCCCACUGAUUUCAACUAUCAAUUCCUGAUGAAGGGUCUGUUCAUGAUUUUUGAUGGCCAACAUGCCUCCUCAAUCAGUAAGGCACUCCAAUUGAUAUUCAAUAUAUUUCCUUAGAUGCCCAUUGAAAUCUAGAAGGAAAUCAGCGAUCACAUAUUUGAUAAUUGUUUUUUCAAGUUUUUCAUGUUUUGGAGCAAACUAGUUCGAUUUGUGUUUCAACACUUCUUGAUAUACAGGAUACAGCAUCGUCUUCGUAAUUACAGACAGGAGAGCAUAAGAGACAUCUACAAAGAAUUCGAGUGUAUAAAGUUGCAGAAGUAGAAGUACACGGUUGAGGAGAAGGCAAAGUUGUUGAAUCAUCUCAUUUACAUCAGAUACUCUCAAAUGAUUGAGUUGGUGUUGAAGAUCAAGAGGAAGAUUGCAUAGCAUAAUCUACAACAGGAGAGCCAAUUUCAAUUGCAGUUGGAGGCUAAAUCGUUGAAACUAAAGUUGAUGAAGAAGAAGUAGCAAUAAAAGAAAUAUCAAUAGUAGUAAUUCAAGAGGAUGGAAUCUCCAAGACAUGAUUAGAUCGACAUCUCAUUUGAAAAGCAGCAGAGAUCUAAUAUUAGUUUGACAUUCAGUUUGAAUGACCCCUUCUACAGUUCUGACAUCAGGGAGGACGAGAAGUCGAUUGAUUAGUCUCAUGACAAUGCGAAGGAGAACAAUGUGUCUAAUUAUGAUUAAAAUGAAAUCUUCCUGUUUGAUAGGAGCAUCAGUUCGAUAAUCAAUUUGAAUGAUUUGUUGGCUGAUAUUGAUCAAGACAAGAAGAUUAAUGAAAAGAGGAAGUCGAGACAUUCGAACAGAAACAAUUCGGUUGAGUUGAAUUCAGAGAAGAGUCAGAAGAGUCGGAGAGAUGAUAAUCAAAAUCCGAAAAAGUUGAAAAUCUAUCAUCGGAUGAGCAAGGAAGAGAACAUCAAGAAAUCUUUCACCAAGGAACUCUUGUCGUACUUGUUUCCAGCCAUACAGGAAUGGCAAGAACAAUAGGCGAAUUAUAAGCGAUGGUUUUUGAAGGCUCAAGCCAUGAUAAAGAAGCAGUAUAAGUAGGAUUAGCAGGAACAAUAAUUGAUGGAUGUUGACCCACCUGAAAUUAACUUGUAUGUACCCAAAGAUGAAACAGAGAAUGAAAAUGUCUAUACAGAGCAUUGA